AAGUUGUCGAAAGCUGCAUAUUCGGUUCUGCACGAUGCAGCAACGGAGCGUCCCUUUACCUCAGAGUUGCUUCAAGAAAAGCGCGCAGGAUCGUAUUGCUGCGCAGCAUGUGGAACCAAGCUCUUUGAAUCGAAGACCAAGUUCAACUCGGGUACAGGGUGGCCCAGCUUCUACGACAAGCUGCCAGGAGUGGAGUUGGAGACAGGGAACUACAUGGAUAUGUUGGCAAUGAGGACAGAAGUGCACUGCGUGAAGUGCGGAGGACACCUGGGGCACGUCUUCGAUGAUGGCAUCAUCUGGGAGGUGCCAACUGGCAAGAGGUAUUGCAUCAACGGAGUUGCUCUCAAUUUCGUCGCUGCUGCUUGA